CCCGUCGUUCCUUCCAGUCGCGCCUUCCGUUUUCUGCGCCUGCAACAUGUGAAGCCGGCCCCCAGCGGCGCCAGUCACCGCCCAGGUAGGUCCCUUCACUGCCUUGGGUCCCAUUCACUUCCCUACCUUACUUUUGCAAGACUGGACACCCCGCAUUUUUCAACUGGGCACUUGAAGCCAGGCAGCCUGGUAUCGCUACGUUGUCUGGUGUCUCUCCUUCUUCACACCACCAACUGCCCUACAUCCUCUUCUGAGCACGAAGACAAACACAUGGUUGCAACACCCACCAGCGCAUAGAGGAUUCUAACCGAAUAGUGGAGAGGUAUGGCAAUUCUCACCUGCCUUCCGGGGCUUGAAGUUGCCGUCGAGGUCGACGGCCAUCGUGCGCACGAAUACGAGGCCGAUCCAGAUGAGGUUAAGUCGCGCGCCAAAAAAAUCAGAUAUUAUUCAUUCCAGCAAACACCGGACCACAAAGUUCCCUACGUGUUGAAAUACAUCGAGGCCAAACCAGGCAAGCCUUUUGCCUUCAUCCUUGACGCGACAAACUUCCACGACUUCAAGAAGACAGAGCCGAAAAUAUAUUGGGUUUGUUCCAUGGAUGGCUUCAGUUCCAGGCACAAGCCAAUGUCAGUUGGUACUGAAGACAAGAGGUCCUUUUGUCAAACUGGUGGCCGAGCCACCGGCUGGAAACGACACACUUUUCACUUCGGCAGCCUUGAUGUUCGGGAAGGACAUAGAGGGGACGCUACUCAGGCGAAGGAUGCCAAGCACUACGGCACACUUAUUGUCAACCUUUAUCUCAAGGUCGACACAGGCCGCGUUGCAUUUAUUCGGGACAAAUACAGUCCUAAGCCCAUCCUCUCUGUUGGUGAGAAGGACUUGAAGGGCAAAGCCGUUGACAGCAAGGUCAAUUUCGUGUCUGAACCCAUAGAUUACCCUGGUCAAGUAGCCACUUCAAGAAAUGUCGAUCCCCAUAACCGACCCAUCGCCGUCUUCGAAUUCCGUUACCGCACCAUGGAGGGUCUUUUGCAGGAAGGCAUUGUAUCUCGCCCGGUCGUUAAGUCCAAGGAGGUUGUCGACGUCGAAGAAAAAUUCCAGCCGCGCAUCAAAUCCGAAAACGAGGAACGCAGAGGUGUCAAGAGAGAACGACCCAUGGACCCUACCUCCUCUCCCCUUUGCUACAAGCUGCGCCGCCUGAAAAACGGACAGGUCGAGAUUGAUCUGACGGACGACUGAUGUCUGAAGGGAGCACACGGACGUCAACUGGUACGUGAAGGAAUCCGGCCGUGUAAGGCACUGGGAACGUCUCAACGCUCAAAGAUGUAGAACAGCAUGGAAGUGUCUUUGAAUCACAGGCAAGUAUGCCGAAAUAUGGUUGCAAAUACCUCUAGGUAACCUCUCUUUUACAAAGCAAUCAGUCGAGAUAGCACAGUGUGUUUAGCAAAAUGAAAAAUGAAUGUCAACAAGA